AUGUCUUCAACCACAAAACCCGAUCAGAAUGCUCUUGCCUAUCGGGGCCAACCUCUUCCCAACGUUCUUGAAGAUCAAGUCGUCCCCGAUGUCCUAAGUCUUAACUGCGAUGAGCGUCUUUGGGUCCCUCAGUCCGAUCAGGUCUGGUUUAGACCUCUGCUCUUCUCCGUCAGUCAAGGCUUUUUUGUCAACAUUCUCAGAGUUCGCAAAUCUGGAAUACUAUCACGACAUCGCCAUGCCGGCCCUGUGCAUGCCACAGUGUUAAAGGGUAGAUGGCACUAUCUCGAGCAUCCUUGGUGGGCUGAGGAGGGCAGCUAUGCUUUUGAACCUCCAGGUGACAUCCAUACCUUGGAAGUACCUGAUGAUGUGGAGGAAAUGGUUACAAUGUUUCAUGUUACUGGCGCUUACAUCUAUGUUGACGUUGAUGGCAACCCUGUUGGCGUGGAGGAUGUCUUUAGCAAGAUUCAGAAAGCCAAGGAGCAUUACGACAAAAAAGUAGACCAGUUCGAAAACAUGCCAGAAAACAUCAAAGUCGCAGUUGUUCAGCUGCAUUCAAAACCGCUUGAUGUAGAUGCCAAUUUUACAAAAUCCUGUCGCUUCAUCCGACAAGCAGCUGAACAGGGAGCCCAGCUUGUCGUUCUACCAGAAUACCAUUUGAACGGAUAUUUACCUGAAGAGCCCAUAUACAUCGAGCAAGCAGCACGAUGUCAAGAAUACCUUGACCGAUACUGCGCGUUGGCACGGGAGCUUAGCAUUUGUCUUGUCCCAGGAACUCUCGUCGAACGGCAUCCAGCUACAGAUCAGACUGCGCUUAUUGGUAGUAAACGGAUAAGCGGUGUAGAUGGGGACUACCACUUAUUCAACACAUCUUACUUCAUCUCACACGAGGGGGAGAUUCUGGGAUCAUAUCGGAAGAAAAAUCUUUGGCAUACUGAACGUCUUCAUCAAUCUCGAGGCGAGAAGAAGCACUCUGCAAUAUCUACUCCGUUAGGGAAAGUGGGAAUCUUGAUCUGUUGGGAUCUCGCUUUCCCAGAAGCAUUCCGAGAGUUGGUAAGAGAUGGUGCAGAUAUCAUCAUCGUGCCGACCUGUUGGACCCUUGAUGAAUCAUGUUCUUAUGGACUAAAACUAAAUCCCGACUAUGAAAGCCUCGUGCUCAACACAAUGAUCACAUCUCGUUGCUUCGAAAACAGUUGUGCUGUUGUAUUCGCAAAUGCUGGCGGGCCCCCGGAUACGUUUGUUGGGUUAUCCCAGGUCGCUAUACCAUUUAUAGGUCCUGUCAAUCGUAUGUCGGACAGUUCAGAGGGGGUUUUCACUGCCGAUAUUGAUAUGGAAGUAUUAAAGCAGUCGGAGCUCAACUAUAAAGUGAGAGAAGACAUGACAGGCGAGGACUGGCACUACUAA